AUGGCCCUGCAGAGCCAGGCCUGGUCUCCAGCCACACCCAUGCCCAUGGCCGAGAGCUCCCUCUAUCGGCAGCGGCUGGAGGUCAUUGCGGAAAAGCGGCGGCUGCAGGAGCAGAUCCGCGCGGCGCGCCGGGAACUGGAGGAGGAGAAACUCCGCGUGGAGCGGCUCAAGAGGAAAUCUCUCCGGGAGCGUUGGCUAAUGGAUGGGGCCGCUGAAGGGCCACAGCAGCCUGAGGACCCCGGCUCCAAGGACCCCCAGUCGCCGGAAGGCCAGGCUCAGGCUCGCAUCAGAAACCUAGAAGACAGCUUGUUCACACUCCAGAGUGAGCUGCAGCUGUUGCAAAGUGCGUCCACAGGUGCCCAGCACAAACCCUUGGGUAGGCUCACCUGGCGCAGACAGAGUCACCGUCCUGUCUCCCAACCCACCAUGGAGGCGGGUCUUGCAGGCCAGUCUGAGCCGGACAAGAGAGCUUCCCUGCCCACUGGACUGGUGGGCGCAUCCCCAGAGGUCCCCUCUGAGCCCCAGGAGGAGGCUGCGGGGGUUCUGCCACCACAGAGGCAGGUCCCUGGGGCCGUGGGGACCUCCCCAGAAGCCAACGGCCCCUGCCCUGGACCCAGCCCUGGCAGGGAGCAGGAGCUGAGCCUGGGGGCGGCGGCAGAGCAGGGUGUAGUGGAGGCCAAAGCAGCGGGCGUGCUGGAGGUGGUGUGGGAGGGCCUGCGGGCCCCGGAGGACUGUGCCACGGGGACGUCGGGCCUGGAGCUGGAGGCUAGGGUGGAGGAGGUGGUGCUGGAAGCCAUUGGGGACAGGCAGGGGGCUGGCAGCACCGAGCUCCCAGCCUGGGUGAAGGAGGACAGGGGUGUGGCGGAGGUGGUCUGGGAGGGGCUGGGGGGCACCGAGUCGCAGGCCGGCGGGGAGGUGGGCCCAGCGGCCACACUGACCAGCUCGCCAGGGCUCCGGCCGCGACUGCAGGGAGAUGCUUCCCAGGAGGGAGAAGGUGCUCCCCGGGGCAGCCCCGAGGGCGAGGGGCAGGGGGGCUCUGGAGGAGAGGAGGGGUCCUUCAUCUGGGUGGAAAGAGCGACUCUCAGCGAGGACUGGGAGGAGCUGCUGAUGGAGGGGCUGGAGGGGCCCGUGGUGACAGAGGGGGGAGGCCAGGAAGCCUGGGAGGGGGGGAGGAGGCGAGCAGAAGGAUCCCCGGGGGCCGGAGGUGAGGAAAGUGAGGCAAAGCCAGGGACAGGGAGGGCCACAGCUGAGCCCUUGGGCACUGAGAUGAAAGAUGGUGAAGGACCCUUGAGGGCACAGGAGGAAAGGGGCCAGGAGAAGCCAGAGGCAGAGGAAAGAGCUGAGGACCCGUCCAGGGUGGAGAGAAAAGAAGUCGGGGGGCCUUUGGGGACAGAGAAGGAAAGAAGGGAAGAAAAGCAAGCAGCAGAGAAAGACGAGGAGGAAGCUCUGGGAGUGGAGGGAAAAGGAGGUGAGCAAAUGCCAGGGGCAACUGAAGAGCCAUCAGAGGCAGAGGGGGAAGGAGGAGAGGAAGUCUCAGGGGCAGAGGGGGAAGGAGGUGAGGAAGGACUCGGGGCACAGAAGACCCAGGGGUCUGAGGAAGAGCUGAGCUCAGGAGGGCAGAGAGAGUCUGGGGAAAGGACCGAGUCCCAGGGGGAGGUGAGCGAGGCCGGGGCCACCCUUGGGGUCAAGCAGGAGCCAGGGCCAGGGGAGGGACCGCGGCCCCUGGAGAAGCAAGGAGCAACCCUGGAGGAGGAAGCCGGGCAGCUCCGAACCCCUGCGGAGAGCCAGGGGCCCCCGGGGGACACCAUGCCCCUCCUGAGAGCCAGCCCGGCCCCACAGCAGCCCACCGAGAGGCAGCCUCUGCUCCAGCGGGGGAGGCCCAGAGCCAACCCCAGUGCCCACCCCGCGCCCACCUAUGCACCCGCCCGGCAGCCUGAGCCGGCCGCCCCGGCCGAGGGCGAGGAGGCAAGGGGCCCCAAGCAGAAGACGUGCCAGUGCUGCGCCCUGAUGUGAGCCCGCGCCCCCAGCCCCCGCCCGGCUCCGCCCACAGCUACCUCACCUCUUGGCACCCGGCAGGGGGUUCCAGGCACAGACGGCCCCACCAGACCAGCUGGCCUGCACGUCCACCUGGCCCACUGCCUGUGACC